AUGGCUUCUCCGCUCAUGGACACCCUUCUCGAAAUCCCCGAGCUCUCUACGUAUGCUCACGUGUAUAACAUGACGGGCGGGAUUGUGGAGAUCAACCCGAUGUUCACCAAGCGAUUCAACUACGAUGAAGACAAACGCAACUAUACCUUCCUGGCUCCAACCAAUGCCGCAUGGGCCAAAAUCCCUGCUCCAAUCUUCGACAUUCUUAUGACCCAGCAAGCAUACCCCCUCAUCGAGGCGCUCUUGCGCACGCACAUCAUCGAAGCCGGCCUCACCGCCGCCGAGCUCGUCAGCGUAUCCGCCAGCAGCACCGCCGGCGGCAUCUCCACCGCACUGCAGCUCUCCAACACUACCUCCCAAUACCAUCACGGCGUCCUCACCAAGACCGUGCAGGGCUACUACAUCGACGCCACGAACGCCACGAACGGGACGAUUCACAUCGACGACCAGGCGGCCAUUGUCCGGGCCGAUUUGGUGGCUGACAACGGCUUGAUCCACGAGAUCGAUCAGAUCAUCGACCCGUUCUUGAUCUACGGGGGGGGCCCCAGCAACCGGACUGCGGCGCCUACAUACGAGAAGACAGACCUGACGAUCGGGGCGUUUCUGACCACCGAUUCCCGACUCGUCAACUCGUCGAGUAUUCUCUCCGUGAAUUCCCCGGAUACUAUCCGGCGGCUGUCGAAGCAGUCGGAAGCGAAGCAGUUCUUCGUGGCUCCGCAGAAUGAGGCGUUUGACUUGAUGCCGACUCUUUUGCCUGUGUAUCAUACCCUAGUCGCCCCGUACAAAAGUCCCUUCAACACACUCAUGUGGCAGUCCGGCUGGAUCGACAGUAAUGGCGAGCGAUUGAAUAGCAAAACCCUCAACGGCUCGAUGACUGUUGCCAGCGAUGUGACCGGGCUGAAUUUGACGAUUACGAAGGACAAGCAUGCCGUGUUUGUUCUGAACGCCGGGCUUGUCACGCAGGUGGAGACGGCGAAUGGGUAUUUGUGGAUUGUGGAUCGGUGGUUGGACCCUUUGUAUGGAGCGUUCGGAUCGGUUGAUCGCUUUGGGUUGCCAGAGUGGCCUUGA